GACUGGAUCUUGUGCUGGGAGCAGCAGGAGGAAGCUGAAGGAUUUCUGGCUGGGAUUCAGGAUCAAGGAUCAUGGAGACCCAAAAGAAGUUUUCUUUGGAUUUUGUGUUGUUUCGUUGUUGUACUAAAAACUCUAAACACAGACCUCCGAGCAGCACCUCAUCGACAGAAGACCACCCUGGACUCAAGUCUUCACCAGAGUCAGUCUACACUAAGAUCAGUAAGUUAUCAUCAGAACCAGACCCCUCACCAUCAGAACCAGACCCUGUAGCCAGACCUUCACCAUCAGAACCGGACCCCUCACCAUCAGAACCAGACCCUGUAGCCAGGCCUUCACCAUCAGAACCAGACCCCUCACCAUCAGAACCAGACCCUGUAACCAGACCUUCACCAUCAGAACCGGACCCCUCACCAUCAGAACCGGACCUUGUAGCCAGACCCUCACCAUCAGAACCAGACCCUGUAGCCAGACCUUCACCAUCAGAACCGGACCCCUCACCAUCAGAACCGGACCUUGUAGUCAGACCCUCACCACCAGAAAGGCUUGAAGCAGAACCGUGGUAUUUUCCAAACACAGACAGYCAGCACGCAGAGAAGAUGCUGCUGGCUGAAGGGAACCAGACCGGUGCUUUUCUCAUCAGGAGCUCUGAAAAUACAAACAGAAGCUUUGCUCUGUCAGUGUUGGACCAGGGGAAGGUGAAGCAUUACAAGGUUCUACAGCUGGACAACGGUCAUCACUCGCUGUCAAACACCGUGUCCUUCCCCACGUUAAAAGAAAUGGUUGAUCAUUACUCCAGGCAGUCUGACGGCCUGGGCGUUCAGCUGUGUGAGCCGUGRAAAAAGGUCCCGCCAACCUUACAGCCACCAACCAUCUCGGAUCUGGAGAUCGAGCGCAGCUCCAUCACACUGCAGAGGAGGCUGGGGGCGGGGCAGUUUGGUGAAGUCUACCAGGGGCUGUGGAACGGGUCCGUCUCAGUCGCAGUGAAGAUCCUCAAACCUGAUAUGAUGCAACCUGUGGACUUCCUGAAGGAGGCUGCGUUCAUGAAGAGGCUGCGWCACCCCAAACUGAUCCAGCUGUACGCCAUAUGCACCCUGCGGGAGCCCAUCUUCAUCAUCACAGAGCUGAUGAAGAACGGCAGCCUGCUGGAGUACCUUCAGAAGGAUCAGGGCGCCACGUUACGUGUCUCAGAUCUGACUGAGAUGGCGGCCCAGGUGGCUUCAGGGAUGGAGUUCCUGGAGUCCCAGAACUACAUCCACAGAGACCUGGCAGCCAGGAAUGUUCUGGUUGGUGAGAACAACAUCUGRAAGGUGGCGGACUUCGGCCUGGCCAGGGUUUUAAAGAGAGAAGAUGAAAACGUGUACGUGGCCAGACAAGGAGGUAAGUUUCCUGUGAAGUGGACCGCUCCAGAGACCGUUACCAGCAACAAGUUCACCAUCAAAUCUGAUGUCUGGUCCUUUGGAGUUCUGCUGUACGAGAUGAUGACGUUUGGUCAGGUGCCUUAUCCAGAUAUGACCAACCUGCAGGCGGUCCAGUGGGUCAUGAAGGGCAACAGGCUGCCGUGUCCCCCCAACUGCCCCCCAGCCAUGUACAGCAUCAUGAUGGAGUGUUGGAAGAAAGAAGAACAGGACCGACCCACAUUUGAGUCGCUGCAGUGGAAACUGGAGGAUUUAUUUGACUUCCCACAGUGACUCUGACAGGUCCGAACAAAAACUGUUUCCUGUCAAAGUCACUCCAGAUUCUGAAUUUAACUUCUGAUCUAKUGGAGGAACAUUUAACUAACAGAGAACCUUUACUUCUACCCAUCGUCAUGAGAACUGCUCCACUGGACUGGAAGAGACACGAGUUUUAGUUGGUUUCCUUCAAACUGAAGAAACCAGUUCYACCAGUUCUUCCACACCUUCUCUCCACAGAAAGCAUAGUUCAGCUCUCCUGAGAGAAGCUGCCAUGUCCAACAGUCACAAAGCUGCUUGCUGGUCCCCAGUCUCUAGGUCUACAGAGACCACCAGAGGCUGAGAUGACUGUCUUCAGCCCAGCAACCUCUGGACAGARGUACCAGAACCAGAACCUUUGUCCAUGGUGGCUCCCUGCCAGAGGCGACUGCUCUAAGAC